AUGCGUCUAUCAGAGCUACUCUGGCUCAUCCCGUCGGCGUUCGCCGCCCAGCCCUCCGCACCCGCCCCCAUCUCCGCGCCUCUGCGUGAUCUCCACUUCGGACAGCUCAACUUCCUCCACACAACAGACACUCAUGGCUGGUUGGCCGGCCAUCUACAGGAGCCAUCGUAUUCGGCGGACUGGGGUGACUAUAUCUCAUUCGCAGAACGCCUGCGAGAGAAGAUUGAAGGAAAUGGCCAGGAUCUGCUGGUCAUAGAUACGGGUGAUCGGGUGGAAGGUAAUGGGCUCUAUGAUUCAUCCGAGCCCAAGGGUGUCUAUCUCUCGGAGAUUCUUCGUCAUCAACACAUCGACGUGAUUACGUCGGGAAACCACGAAUUAUAUAAGCAAAACACGUCCGAGUCCGAAUUCUUGCAUACUGUGCCCGACUUCAAGGGCAAGUAUCUGGCCUCGAAUAUCGACAUCCAUCACCCUGAAACGGGCGAGCUGGUUCCAUUGGCGCAGCGCUUUCGCAAGUUCACCACUAAAGUACAGGGAAUCCGUAUAGUAGCAUUUGGGUUUCUUUUUGAUUUCACCGGCAACUACAACAAUACAGUGGUGCAACGUGUGGAGGACACGAUCAAAGGGGAAUGGUUUCAAGAGGCCAUCCGGGACAAAGAGGUUGACCUCUUCCUUGUGGCAGGUCAUGUCCCUGCUCAUUCAACCGAGUGGCGGGCCGUUUAUGAAGAGAUUCGAAGGACUCGCUGGGAUAUACCGAUCCAGUUCUUUAGCGGUCAUCAACAUAUCCGUGACUACGCCAAGUAUGACUCUCAAGCCGUUGCGCUGGCAAGUGGUCGGUUCAUGGAGACCAUCGGGUUCAUGUCAAUAGAUGGUCUCUCUACCGAGAAAGGAUUGCGCAAGCAGUCACAGCCGACCUUCAAGCGUCGCUACAUUGACAACAACCUAUUCUCUUUUUAUCAUCAUACAAAUCUGAACGAGACGAACUUCCACACGGAAAAGGGCCGCAAGGUAUCCAAGCAGAUCAACAAGUCGCGCACCACUCUUGGGCUUGACCGAGUUCAUGGUUGUGCGCCCAAGGAUCUCUGGAUGUCAAGGGUCCCAUACCCUCACCCAGAUAGUGUCUACACGUGGCUGGAGACUGAGGUGCUCGCUGAAACCCUGCAAGAUGGGGCAUCGGUCGAAAGGCCCUCGGUGGCAAUUUUAAACUCGGGAGCCAUCCGCUUCGAUAUCUUCAAGGGUCCGUUUACCCAAGAUACUAUGUGGACCAUUUCCCCCUUCACCAAUGGCUUCCGUCGUGUCAAGGAUGUACCUUACGAGAAGGUGCAACUGAUCAUGGAAAUCUUGAACAAGCAGACCAAGGUCCUGUUCACUCUACAAGACGCGGUUACUGAGCCUUCUCUGCUCCCCUUGGCCGGCCCCGAGCAAGUGGCUCGCUCCGAGGAGAUCGUGCCCGAGGAUGACGGACUUCUCGAAGGAGGUCUCUUUUCCAACAAAGGGCCCUCUGGUCAGAUGCCUCUUGUGCCAUCUGACUUUGACAGCGAGCUCCUACCCGGAUACACCACCAAAGACGACGAAGGUGACGACGGUGACGACACCAUCCAUGCUCCAAUCUCCUUUUACAAGACGCCGAAUUGCAUCCAAGCAUUGGUCUCUGCAGACAAGUCCCGCGUACCUGAGAGGGUGGACUUGGUUUAUAUAGAAUUUGUUCAGCCGUACUUGGCGCUGGCUGCCAAGUUUGCUGGACUCGACGUGGACUUUGUCAAGGAAAGCGAAGUCUUUAUGCCGAGCGUCACCCUGACGGAUCUCAUUCUGAAAUGGGUGAAGAAUCACUGGCAGUGCGAGUCAUAA